AGCAUCUCGUCCCCCCUCUUAUCGAUAUUACUCCCAAACAUUUGGAAUUCAGAAACCCAGUAAAUCGUACGUUCGAUAUCACUAAUUCACUGAUACGCAAAACGCACGUACGCAUUCGAUCGCCUGCUACCUAUUUACAUAUAUAUUUCUUUCUUCGAUCGACAUGUUUAGCACGGCAUCCCGCACCCUUGAGAUCACCGUGAUUUCUGGUGAAGAUAUACGAAACAACCGGAAACCCGUCAAGAAGAAUGUUUUCGCUGUGAUCCGAACGGAUUCGCAGCCCCUCUGCAGAACAGAGACGGACAAGGACGGCGGGAGCUAUCCUUACUGGAAUGAAAAGCACAACGUGGACAUCCCAGUGCAUGCGCUGUUUAUAACAGUAGAGGUACAAUGUAAAACCUCCGUCGGGGACAAAACAUUGGGGAUGGCAAGGAUUCCGGUGUCAGAUUUCGUCGGAGGUUUUGUGCCGCAGAGUUAUCUGCAUUUUUUGAGUUACAGAUUGAGAGACAGUAAUGGGGAGAGGAAUGGGAUUAUCAAUGUCUCUGUAAAGGCAAAAGUCCCAGAAUAUGCAGCCUCAUCGUGCUCGAGUGCCACCACCAUUGGAGUACCUUUCGGGAAGACAUCGUGCUAUGGAGGGGUUGUCCCUGGCGUUCCUGUUGGUGUUCCUAUCAUGAAACAGCACUAUCAAGGCUGAAAAAAUUACCAUAUUAUUAUUUUUUC